CAGUGACGGACGCUAAAAUCUUGAAUUUGAUCAAAUAUACACUCAUGAAUGCAAGUACUGUGCUGUGUAGGUCUGUAUAAUAAAUGGACAGAAGGUCAGUGUCAUUGUGAAGAUGUCAUGUGAAGGUGAAUGUGGUUACAGAAAGAGAAAGGGGAAGGAAGUACAAUUCUGCAUUUUCUCGCUCAACACGGAAGAGAAAGACUGUAACCUUUGUCACAGAAUUUGGUCUGAUAUUUCAGUAAAAUGUUCAGCAUGUGUGUCGUUCUGCUCGUCUUUUCCAGCAUCUCUACAGCUGUUGGUGGUGCUCCAGAAACAGUCAGAGGACACAGAGGAGAGAGAGUUGACAUCAGAUGCAGAUAUAAAUCUGGAUAUGAAUCAAAUCCAAAGUAUUUUUGUAAAGGCAAGUGUAAGUUUGGAAAUAAAAACAUCGUGGUUAAAUCAGGAUCUCCAGCUAAAGACGAGAGAUUCUCUCUGACUGACGACAAGAGGACCAGAGUUUUUACCAUCACCAUCACUGACCUGAGAACAGAGGAUACAGGACGAUACUGGUGUGGUGUGGAGAGGACUUUAAAGGAUGUCUAUUCAGAGAUUAUGUUGCAGGUUACAGAGGAUAAGAAGACCACAGAGGUUUCAACUAUCAGCUCUUUUUCAAACACACCGUCAUAUUUCAGCACAACAGAGACAAAUCCACGAUCCAGCAGCAUCACAAUCACAGAAAGAAAAGAAACAAGCACAGAUCAGCACAAAUCAGCAGGUCGGUCUUCUGUCGCUGGCGGUCUGGGUUCGGUUCUGCUGGUUCUGUGUUCUGGAAUGUUCCUCAUCCUGAAAAAGAUGAAGAGGAAAUCUGGGACAGCUUUAUUUCUGCAGCACAAUACAGAGAGUGUCCACAUGUAUGAGAUUGCAAACAGUGACCCUGGAUCAUCUGAUGUCAUCACUGCAACAUCUUCAUCCAAUCAGACGCCUGCAUCACACCUCAACUCCCGCCCACAAGUCUCUGCUGUUUAUGCUACAGUAACCAAUCAGCAGUCUGAUUCAAAUCCCCAUCACGCCCGCUCGACCAAUCAGGUGACGGAUACAGACUGUGAUUUUUAUGCCAAUAUGAAGCCGCCUGAACCAACAACAGACAACAGAACAGAACUGAUCUACUCAACAGCAACACAUCCACAAAACAUUGAGACUAACGACGGCCUAAUAUAUUCAGUGAUCAAACAUAAAUAAUAAAAGACUGUAAAAACUUCUUCAACAGACAUCUGCACUGACGCUCCGAGUGUGAAAAAAAAAAAAAAAAAAAAAAACUGGUGCAUGCUACAUAUUUUUAAUGAAUCACUAUGUUGACAGACUUUUCUGACUUUUUAUCAGUAUUUUAAAAACUGUGUAAAUUUACUAACAAGAAAAGUGAACUUAAGUAUUCUUUGUAAAUUAUUCUUAGUAAAUCUCAAUUGCAGUUAAAUAAAAUGUAAAUAUUUUGUGGAUAAGCUUGUGUAUAAGUUUGGAUAAGCUUAAAACGUUUUAGACACCGUUGUCACAGGUGUAUUGUACAGGUCUGUAUUAAGCACAGGUUACUUGUGCUCGGAUCAAUGAAAACAUCUUAAUGGCAGGUGUGAACAGGGCCUGAAAUCAGCUCCAAACUAAUGGCCCUGCUGAAAUAAACAGAAACCAUCACAGAAAUUAUAAGGGUUUACUCUACAAAUACCCUUACAAACAUUACAAACCAUCAACUAUUUACCAUUAAAAACCAUUACGAAAUGUUUUCCUGCAGUGUGUUUCAGGAGAUGUUCUAUUAGGAUGUAAUGAUUUUAACAAGCCACUAAUAAAACUUGACAAAUUA